AUGAAUUUCCGUGAUGGACCUCUCAAAAAUCUUCAAAAUAAAUUUAAUGAAGUUGACGAAAUUGAAACAAAAAUUAAUAACCUUCAAAAGCAAAAAGAUGAUAAAAGUAAGGCGCCUGGAGGGGCGCCGUUAGACAGUGAGUCUGAGAUUGAUGAGCUUGAAAGGGAAAUUGAGCAAAAUGAAGUGAGCCUUAAACAGCAAGAAAAGCAUCGUGAUGAGCAAAUUACUGCGCUAAAAAAUGCUUUAAAUGAUCCUAAAAGCAAAAUUCAGAAUACAAUUCACAGCCUUACUGAAGAUGUAAGACAGUGUGAAGAGAAAAUCAAGCAGUAUAAAGAUGAGAAGAAAAUGUUAAAUAACAAUGAUAAAAAUAUCUCCAUUCCCUCCCAUCUUUCUAGUCAGCUUGAAACUGCGCAGGCUAAAUUGCAGUCUCAUAAGGCUUCGUUGGAGUCUAUUGAGAGUCUUGGAAAGCUUUGUCAACAUUGUAAUGAUCUUGACAGCAAUAAAAGUAAAACUCCAAAAGAUAUUUUAGAUAACCUCUGCACAGGCCUCGAAAAAUUUCUCGGCUUCCAGAAUGGUAAUUACACUGGCGAUGGCAUCGUGUACUCGGACCUUGACAGGCUGUGCGACGGGGUGAUGUCUUUCCUUCAUGGAGUUCUUGAGAGUGUGAAGGAUGAUGAGAGUGUUAAAACUUACAAUAAUUACAUUAAAUCAUCAAAUAAUAAUGAUGAUUUACAUAAUGUCCUUCAGAAUCUCCAAUCUUCAAUUGGCCACGGGCGUAAUGGCCUUUCGAAGUCUGUCACCAAGGUGAAGGAGUGGUUGGGGAAAUAUAAUGAGGAAGUUGAAAGGAAGACAAAAGCAGUGACUGAAGGAUUAUCUGCACUUAUAGGUAAGUUACAUGAUGGGUCUCAUGGUUCUGUAGGUGAUUACUACAAGGAAGUGUCACGUAAAGCGGGACUAAAGCUUCAGCUACAAUUGGAUGCCUGGCAGUCCACGGUGCAGAAGGUGGAGCAAGAAACUGAUCGCCUUGAAAACUAUUAUAUUAAUGUUUUAGAUAGAUCGCUUAACAAUCAGAUUAUGCAUGAAUUCGUGCCUGUGAAAGGUGUGAUUGAGCACAUGAAAAGUCUUGCUGCGAAUCCGUUGUUUAAAGAUGGAACAAUGUUGUUAGAUAAGAGGUUAGAGGAACAGGAAGGUGAGAUGAAGGUGAAGAUUGAAAAAGAAUCAUUGGUACUUAAAUUGAAAUUAAAAAAUGAGUUUGAUAGGAUAUUAGCAGAUAUGAGAAAUAUGAAUGAUAAAAGGAAAGAGAAGUUCGGGCACCUUAGAUAUGCUGUGAAGGAUGCCAAAAGGGAAAUUGGCAAAUUGCUGGCGAAAUUCGACGAGGGUUAUAAGAAUGAAAUUCUUCAAGCUAUUGUUGGUUUAAAAGAUGACAUGACAGAAAUCAACAAGCGUGACACAGAAAAAUGCCCACUUGAGCAUCAAGUUGAUGCAAUAAUGGCGGCAGUUACGUCCGUUGGCACUGAACUGAACGCCCAAGUUGACGAGUUAAAUAAGUGGAUUGAGGGUGCGGAGGGAGUGCGGAGUGCGGCGCAGACUAAGGCUAGGACUGUGUUCGAUGCUUUGAAAAAAGAAAAUGUGUCGGGGAAUUCUAUUCGCAUGAAACUGCGGUCAAUCACCGGCGAUAAAGACGAAAUUGACAGCGUUAAAAGUAUGAUUGAUGGUGAUAUUAAAAACUUGGAAAGGUGGAAUCAGGAGGCUGGGAAGGUCGUGGAUGAUGCAAAAACGAAGUGUGAGACUAUAUUGCAGAAAGUUGUAGAUAGUAAGUCUCCGAAAGGUCCUAAAACUCAGAUUGGCAUAAAAGCUAAAGCGUUAAAGGAUAAAGCCGAAAAGCUGUUGAAAGCAUAUCAGGCCGCAGAGUCGAGCCUUAGUGACUUGGUUAGUAGCGCGCAACAGACGGUAACGACAUUAGAUGGUGAUCUUAGAGCGGGACUGUUUCGCGCAAAAGAGGACGUUAAGAAUAACAUCACACAGUAUGUUGACACCGUGGUUGCAGCAGUGACGAAGGGGGUGCCACUUGCGACAGGUAGUAGUUAUUCAUAUGAUUCAUCGCCUGGUUUCACUGCCAUGAAGUUACAUUUGAAAGUAGAUGAAGGCUUGGGCAAAUUGCUUGAAGACGCCGGUAAACAUAUACCACAAUUUCCGCUUAGAGCAGACCUUAUUCUAAAAGCUAUACAGGAAUACCAAAAAAAGAAUGCUAUCGAUGUAGAUACAACUAUCGGUCAAAUUAAAUCAAAACUUACGGAGAAGCUCAGGCAGCAUUUUAAGGAAGAAAGUGGUAGCAAAGUCGUCCUUGACAAAGCUUCGCAAUAUUUUUCUAGAUACGAAACAAACAAAUCAGCGAUUAAUGAUCAGUUCAAUACUGUCGGCAGAGAGCUGCUAAACAAGUUUACCUCUGGUAACACGAAAGCCGUCAACGACACGAAUACAGAUAUUCAAGAAGUGACUACAUUAGAAACCGCAAUUCAUUCGCAUCUCACAGCACUCACCGGGUUGGUGAGUGGCAAUAGGACAAGUGCCAUUGAAGGUAAAGCAAUAAAAUUCAAAGGCAUCAAACCGCUUUUGGAAGAGCUUAAGAAGGGGCUUGGUAACGACAUAGAUGAAUCAUGGUUCUCCACGAAGAGCGGCCUCGCCAAAAUCCAAAGUACACUCAAUGAUCUGAAUGGCCAGCUACCCACACAUACCAGACAAAUCGGGGAUGCCGUCCAAAACAUUACUCAAGCACUGGAUAAGCUUCAAAGAGAUUUGCAGGAUAGCCCAGACGGCGCAUCAGCAACUGGAAACAGUGUCCUGGAUAAGUUAAAAACACUUGAAGACGGGCUAAAGAAUACCCCUUUGACUCCAGCAACGAAAGGUCUUCAACAAGUUAAGACAGACAUCAGCAGUCUGCAGACCACCCAUUUACUGGACAAUGAAGGCAGUAGAAUCAAACAAGCCAUCAAUAAGGUGAUGGCGACAGUAAAUACACUGGAACGUCUUCCCGGCAAAGUGGAUGAGGCAAAGAUAAAUGUGUGGAAGUUGAUGGAAAAUCUGCGACAAGACAUUGAGCUACUUCAAAGCCAUAUUAACAACAUAGACAAGAACAUCGACUAUGCUGACGAGGCAUUGACAAACGCAAUGAAGGCCGUGUACAGCGCUGUUUUCUCAGCCCACAAUACACUCAAUAUAAACGUAGACAAAAUCCAAACUGCACUCCUUGAAAAAGCCGAAGACGCUUUUCAUAAAGUCACUACAGAAAUGCGAAUGCUAUUUGCAAAUGCACGCCAGGCGGAUUUGACGGCGUUAAAAGCCUUAGCUAACCGCCAAUACAAAAAAGUCUACGACAUUAUAAAUGCCGACAUGGCAAAUGGCGUUAAAGGUUUGCUGAGCAAGAUGCAUGAACAAAAAGGUAUUCUAGAAGCUGUGCGAACUCAUCAAGACUUCAAAGAAUUGACGGAGAGACUACAAUGGUAUCUAGAUCCAGUCACGGAGUACAUUAAAUAUCAACUCCUUCCAGACACUAAGCCCAAGCCCCCAACUCCCUCCCUCCGUCCAGUCCCACCCCCAAUCUCCGGCGGCGGCUACAGAGCGCGGCCGGCAACAAACAUGCAGGCUGAUCGUCAAUCUCCAAACGUUCCGGGAUCAGCGCACCGUGUCGCCUCCAUCCCUCCCACCAGCCAGCCAUCCCCCUCCCCGUCCACCAAGGAUCCCAUUGAGAAGUUCUUCGAGGACCUUGAACUGUAUGCUCGAAGAUUAUUUUUGGCCCUUUCAGGUGGUUUCUUUAGUAAAACCUUUGCAUCACAACGUGAAGAAUUUGAGAAGUUUCUCGACUCCAUGCGUCCUACAAAGUUCGCACAGCUCAACAGUCCCCUACUGGACGUCCUAAAAUCCGGCCUUCAGGAUUUCCUCGGGGAGAUUGGCAAGGCGUACGUGAAUACGUAUGAAGGGCAUCCGUCUCUAGUUGACUUUUUGCGGGAGGCUGAUGGAAAGAAUUGCGCUAAGACAUUUUUGUCUUUACUGGAGACGCUGAACAAUGAUCUUGGCAGACUGAGGAAAAGAUGCAAGAAUAAUUGGAAAGAUUUUCCGGUUCAUCUAGGCAUCGCGACCAUUAAAGACAAAAGAAAGGUUACAAUAUUGGAGACCGAAAAUCCCCUUGGACCUUUCCUCAAGAAGUGCGGCUAUGAUGUUGCUAGUUCAGCCGACAAGCAAAAUGGCCAUUUACGGAAUGAGAAGAAAUUCACAGGUGAAGAGGUUUAUAAGCUCGUCGCCGGUGACUCACUUAGUCAUGUUUUCAGACAGCACGGGGAGGGACCGUUUGACUUCAUGUACCACUGCCUCCAAGACUACUACGCUGUCGGACACUACGCCACUUCGUUCGCAACCAAGCCGCCGUGUUCCGUGUAUGAAAUGUUACUCUGGUGUGCCGGUCUCACCUAUAACUCUGUUUAUUCUGCGUUACUAUCCAGCAUUAGCGAAAAGCUUGAAACUCCAUCUAAUCCACUUGGCGCCGACGACGAUGGCCUUAUGGCAUUCGACUUCGAAAGCUUUUACAUAGAUUCUUAUCCUAACAAAGUCACGUAUAAGCAUUUCCAAGACGUGCUUACUAAUAUUGCUUCCAUAUCAUCCUCCAUCUUGACGACCGUUCUCGGCUUCGGCGACGAGCACACCAUGUACGCCUGUGACUUCUAUGAUAACUCCAUGAAAUUGUAUUACCCUAAAAGUGGAGCAGAGUGCUUAGAUACGUUACUAGAUAUAUUGCGUCGCAUGUUCCCACCACUUAGAUUUUUGUUUUUCCAGUGCAGAGUCGGUGAAUCAGACUACGGCUGGGGGUACUGCCACUACGGCAAGGAGAUAACCCAAGCAAAAUGGCAGUGUACCAGGCACUCAACGUCUGAAUCAAAUUAUAAACCAAAGUGUCAACCUAGGUGCCAGGCAAAUGGUCAAUCAAAUUGCCAACCAACGUCUCCACUUCAGUCGUACCUCACCGACGGUCUCAUCGGUUGCCUUCCUCACCAACUUAGCGGAAUUGGCUGCAAACCAAAAUGUACAACAUGUCCUGGCAGCAAACCCGGAAUGCCAUGCUUAACACCUCUUGGCUUCAGAGGUUUCUCUGGGACCACGCGCAAGGGUGAGGACCUAAGCAACGUGCUGGGCUAUCUCUUCGGUAACACGGCGGUUGCGUCGCUGUUUGCUCUUGCACCCAAAGCGCCACGCACAUUGCCAGAACACUUUGGUUUUGCUUUAUCGCUCGUUGCUGACUGGCACGCUGAUUCAUCAAACGCACGCAAACACUCAAUACAGGAUGCCUUUGAAAAGGCUAUCAACGACCGUUCCAUUAGUCUGUACGACGAGCCAGGCAAACUCACAGAUGCACUUCGUGAUGCCUACGGUAGCAGUCAGAGUAGUCACGAUGCGACAAAAUAUCACACUAGCAUUGUUAAUAUCCAAGCCGAUGAAACGAAAAAAGGCAGCUUGUCAAGUCUCUGUAUGGCCACCGCAUGUUCCAAUGCGCUGUGUGCCCCUUACAUAUACACCUUGUGCUCCGAUUACUACAGUUACUUAGGCAAAUCGCAUUCCAAGCUGUACCUUUCCUGGGCAGUUUACUUGCCGUGGUCGUUAUGGAGUUACCUCGAAAGCCUGUACAACGCUAUCAAGGACAUCUUCUGCCAGGACUGGGGAUGCAGAGGAUGUCUACGUGCUGAAACGUGCAGACGUGGAGAGCAUGGCCUCACCAACGACAAAACAAAAUCAGCAAAUUGUCACUGUGAAUCUAUGGUCCAAUGCAGAGGCAUGAUGCCGACGCUAUAUAAGUACGGUUUCACAUUUGGUGCGCCAGCAGCGUUGAAUAAGGAGAAUGCGUCUAAGACAUGUUCCAAUUUCUGUGACCAGCUGCGCAAUGUAUUGCACUCGACAUAUUUUGAUAAGCUGUUCAAGGAGUGCGACAAUUUCUUAUGGAAAAUCAGGGAACCAUUCUCCAUCACAUUAUUAGCCCUCUGGUCCCUCUCGCUCCUGUACCUGCUGCACAUCCUCGUCGUCCGCCUCGACGUCCUGAGGAUACGCUCCCACUUAAAAUCACCUUCAAGCCACCGCAUCGCCGCGCAGUCCCUCCUCGCCGCCGCACGCGUCAAGGCACUCGCCAACGUCAAGUACUUCUCACCAUAA